UUAGUCGAAAGUCGGUCUUUCCGGGUCUGCUGGAGGCUUUGAACCCGGAGGCGGCAGUAGUACUGGCAUAGGUUCAAUGUGAUGGGGACAGUAUCCUGUGUUUGAGGAGGUCCCGACCAAGAUUCGGCACCUUCAACUCCCUCCUGAUGUGUCCACAUCAGGGUAUCCUGUUUCCCCCCCAGUUCCCCAAGAACGCCUUUCCCCUGUCUAGUCCCAGAGGCGCAGUUUUGGUUUGAUAUUGCGUCCUUAUCCUUAGUAUUCACUAUUUCAAUCUGAUAUUGUGGCCUUUCCUGUGCUGUGCGUCGGUUACCCCGUGCUGGGAGAGUAAAGGCACAAGACGCCAGGGAAACAGCCCCCCGCUGCAGGCUAUGAGUAAGAGUCUGAGCUGGUCCGAGCAGCUCGACGCGCUUCUCAGUGCUACUGAUGGAAAUGUGGCCAGGAUUAAGCAGAGGUUGUAUCCCCCUGGAGUCUCUGCUGCAGCAGGAGACCUUACUGGAACCUGGAUUUCCCCUCAUCAUUUGCCUCUCCAAUCAGGAACCCAAGCUCAACAGCCUUGGGCUCUAGAGACUCCUAUUGUGCCGGAGAGACUGAGUUGGGCUGAGGCCCAUAGCACAUCUCUCAGGGAUGAAGUUGCUAUUCUCAGAUCCCAGCUUCGAUCCCAGGCUCAGGUGACUGAGGCACUAAGGCAAGCUGUGCAGGGCCUGGUGGAAGAGCAAGAGCAGCAGAAGUACCAAAUUUGUGCCCUGGAAGCAUCACUAAGGUUGCUGCAGGGGGGCCCAGAGCGGAAGGCUCUUCUUCUGGAGCAACGCCUGGACAGGCUGAGAAGGGAACUGCAGGGUCUUCGAAUCCAGGUGCAGGAACAGGCCCAAGCUCAGAUACAAGCAGGACCACAAAAGUGCAGUGCUACCAGUGGCCUUCACCAAGAGCUGCAGAAUGAGAGGCAACUGCUAUGGGAGGAGUCAGAGAUUUUGAGGGAGGAACUGAAGUUGCUGCGGGACCAGCUGACCCAGCAUCAGGAGCUGAUGCUGAAACAGAUGGCUGAGGGGCGGCAAGCUCAAGCCCGCAGCUGGAAGAUGUUGGAGCAGUUGCAGAGUGGCCAGGAGGGCAAGGAGGCUGCCAGGAUAGAGGCCCAGGAUGCCCGGCGGGACCAGGACCUCCUCAGGACUUCCGUCCACGUCCUCCAGUCUAAGCUACCCCUAGCUGCCACCUUUGCCACAUCUCUUCCUUCAUCUAGCUCUGAAGCCAUUCGUGAAAACAGUAACAGUAGCUGGGAACUUUUAAGGAAGCUAGAUCUCCAGAAGAGCACUCUUUCUAACCUGGGACCCAGCAACUUUCAGCUUCAGGCCCAGAGCAUUGAGCAGGAGGACCUGUCCUUUAAUGGCCCCAAGAUACUCCUGAGUGACCUGUAAGGACUUGGAAGAGUAGUAAGAUAAAGACUUCUUUGCUCACCUUCCCCUCCAGAAACAAGGCCUUGUUUCUGGGCUCCCUGCCCUUCCCCUCUUGAUCCAGCUGGUAUCUGCCCUCCCUAGUGAGGCUUGUCACUGCUUGUUCACCUGCCCACCAACUGCAGUAAAAUGGUUUAACUCUC